AUGCUUAUCUGGGCACUGCUGACCCUUAGCCUGUCGCUUAUGGUGAAAAUAGGCCCUGGCGAAACCCGCUGUUUUAGAGAUCAGGUGAAGAAAGACGAUCGCCUCUCCAUCAACGUGCAUGUCUCUGGGGGAAACCGUCUCUCCUUUACUCUCCGGGCCCCGAACCAAGGGAUCCUUAAGCAAGAUGCGUUAGUAAAAAGUUGGAGUUAUGCGCUUUCGAAGACAGAGGCAGGCCACUACGAAUUCUGCGCCUCUUCUCCUAGCAAUAACAAGCCUGCAAACAUGACUCUCUUCUGGCUAUCGCAGCCCAAUGAGCCGACAGACACACCCUCUGGCAUACCAGGGAUCCUCAAUCAGACGUCAGGGGUGGUAAAGCACCUGGUUGCAAACCAACGAUUUACACAAACAGCCGAAAAUUCUCACAAGCAGCUGAUCAGUUCUCUCUCCGGCAGCCUCUCGUUUUGGAUGGCGGCUAAGAUUGUUGUCGUUGCCACGUGCAUCGCGUACCAGAUGGUCGUAACCAAAAAACACUUUUCCAAACGCAGGACCGCGGUUUAA